GAGUGGGCGUGGGGCGGGGCGGAGCGUGAGGCCAGGUGGGCAGCCAUCAUCACGAGGCGGCCUGGCGGCCUACCCGCCUCCCCUGGACCUUCCUUCCGCCCUGGGCCUCAGGUGCUUGGUCUCCCCGCCACCGCGUCCUCAGCAGGCCCUAGCCUCCAGCCCUCCCGACCUGUCGGCCCCACCGACCCCCCUCCCUCAGGCUGGCCGGGACGAUGACGGAGCUGCAGUCGGCACUGCUUCUGCGAAGACAGCUGACAGAGCUCAACAAAAACCCCGUGGAAGGCUUCUCGGCGGGUUUGAUAGACGGCAAUGACCUCUAUCGAUGGGAAGUGCUCAUCAUUGGUCCUCCUGACACCCUGUACGAGGGCGGCGUUUUCAAAGCUCAUCUCACUUUCCCUAAAGACUAUCCCCUCCGUCCUCCAGAAAUGAAAUUCAUCACCGAAAUCUGGCACCCAAAUGUUGACAAAAACGGAGACGUGUGCAUUUCUAUUCUCCACGAACCUGGAGAGGACAAAUAUGGCUAUGAGAAACCAGAAGAACGCUGGCUGCCCAUUCACACCGUGGAGACCAUCAUGAUCAGUGUCAUUUCUAUGCUGGCCGACCCUAACGGAGACUCACCGGCUAAUGUGGACGCAGCCAAAGAAUGGAGGGAAGACCGAAAUGGAGAAUUCAAAAGGAAAGUUGCUCGCUGUGUAAGAAGAAGCCAGGAGACUGCUUUUGAGUGACAAUUCUUAACCGCUGGAAGCUUUCUUUUCAGCGUCUCCAGUUGAGAAACGUGGCACUUUUUCUUUUCUUUUCUUUUUUUCCCCACCUUGCAUUCUUCUAUUGCUGAACUAUUGUGGCAGAGACUUGGCUGCUGUAAAACGUGCCAGUUAUCGCGAUGCUUACCAGAUACUUACAAGCCGCCACUUAAAGAUGAUUACAUAUUUUGAAUUCUAAUGAACUGCCAUAAACUUCUGGAAGAAUUGUAAAGACAUGUACAUAGCACAACAUGAUCUGGAUAAUAUACAUAUUGUUCAUGUACAUCCCGAAUACACAAUGUAUCAAAUGAUGCUUCUUGUAGUUAGGAUAAAACUCCUGUACAAUUUAAAGAUUUUAGCAGGUUUUCUUUCCCUAUUCAUUGUUUCUAUAUCAGUUUAAAGAGAUUCUUAAAGCAUGUCAGAUAUAAACCAAUUAGGAUUAAAGUUGUCCAUUUAAUUUUCCUUUAAACCAUUGAGGCUUCAUUAAAAUCUUUCAUUUACUAGACUUUUGUAUUUUCUUUGUUUGGAAACAUUCCUCUUUGCUCUUGUAUCUUGCUGUGGCAGAAAAUUUAAUGAUGAAUUGAAAGGGUUUCUUCCUUGUUUUGUAAUCCAAAGCAUUCAUCUUUUGGAUUGUAGCAAGAGCUCUAGAACCCAGUUUUUUUCUACUUCUAAAGUCACCUGAAUGACAAUCCAAGUUUUGUUUUUUGUUUUUAUUUUUUCAGUUGUGUUUUGCCUUCCAACUCUGAAGAACUUGGCAGAUGAGAUUGCUGAACAAUUGUCAGUGAUAUUGCAAAGAUUAUGGAGAACGGAAGAGGUACUAUAGGACUGGAAAAGGGAACAUGUCCUGAUUUUUUAAAAGAGGAAAGAGAAUGGAAUCUGCAAACUAUAGGCCAAUGAGCUUGACUUCAAUUCCUGACAAAAUUCUAGAAUGUAUUAUUAAAGAAAUGGUUAGUGAACAUCUCCCCGGAUGUGAUGGUCACAAAGAACCAGAAUGGCUUCAUCAAGAACAGGUUGUGCCUGACUAACAUUAUUUACUCUUUUGACAGUGCAUUAACUGGUAAAUAGGGGUUGGGGGAGGAAAUUACAAAUAUUGUUUAACUAUAUUUUAGGAAAGGGUUUGAUCAUAUUUCUUGUGCUAUUAUCAUGGAAAGAAUGGUGAGACAGACUAGAAUAUAAUAUAUUUAGACAUAUUUGAAAAUGAUUGAAUUAUUGAACUCAAAGAGAAGCCAUUAAUGGUUCUAUUUCAGCUUGAAAGGAGGUCUCCAGAUAAGUACUUAGCCUUAUGUAUUUUAACAUUUUUGUCAGUGUCUUAAAGGCAUAGGUGAUGUGCUUAUCAAAUUCGCAAAUGACAUAAGACUAGGAGGGAUGGUUAACUAAGAGGAUCCAAAAAUAUCUCAACAGGCUGAAAAAUUGAGAUAAAUUUAAUAACACAAAACUUAAUAAGGAUAAAUGUAAAGUUUUACAUGCUUGGUUUCAGAAAAUUUACUUCAUAAGUAUAAGAUGGAGGAGGUGUUACUAGCAAAAGAUCUAGGGAAUUUAGUGGGCAGAUGUAAUAUGAGUCCAAAGUGUGAUAAUAGCCAUAAAAAGCAAAUAUUAUGCUGGGUUGCAUUAAAAGAGGAAUAGCUUAUAGAAAUAGGAAUGUAAACACUCAUAUAUACUACCCUAGUCCAGCCCACAUCUGGAGUAAUACAAUCAAUUCUGGACAUCACACUUUAGAACAUAAAAUUAAAGAGUGAUUAGAGAAGAGCAACCAGAGUAGUGAAGGCCUUUGAGUCCAUAGAAUAUGAGGUGCUUAACCUAUAGAGAAGAAUGAUCAGGGGAAACACAAUAGCUUUCUUUCAACAUGUGAAAAGCAAUCAUGUAAGAUAGUAGACUUAUUUUGUUUGGCCCUAGAGGAAAAAACUAGGAAAAGUGGAGGAAGACUGCAUAGAGAAAUAUCUAAGAUUGAUAUAAAAAAACAACUUAGUAACAGCUCUCCCAAGUAGUAUGGACCAUCUCAAAAAGCAAUAGUUUCCCCCUUACUGGAAGCCUUCAAGUGGAGGUUGGAUGACCUACCACUUAUUGGAGAUGUCAUUGUGUGAAUUUUUUUUUUUGGUUUAGGUUGGAAUAGAUGGUCCUAAGAUCCUUCCAACUGAGUACUUCUGAUGCUGACUGAUACUGAUUUUACAUACACAAGGCCUGUACAGUUCAAAGCUUUCAAAUAACUCCUGCUUAUGAUUAAACAUAUUAUUUUUUUCCUAAUUCCUUUCUUUAUAUGGCCCUUCAUUUUUCUUUCCUUCAAGUCUUCUCUGUAGGCUUUUCUGAUCUUAUGGACAAGAAAAAUGAAAUUUGAUUUGGAUUUGAUUUUGAAAUUGUCUUAGGUCACGAAUUCUUAACAAGUAAUUCAGAGGUAAAUUGCAUAAGAAUUGAUAACUGGUUUCAUUAGAAGGAUUGAAUUAAACUGAAAAUCAAAUAAUCUAAGAUUCAACCAGAGUAACUGGGAGAAUGAUUUUAAAAGGGAAGAUUAGCUCUGUUAGUUCAGUUUGGAACAUAAUGAGAAUAAGUAACCUUUAUAUGAAGAUAUCUAGCAAAAAAUUGGAAAUAUAGGAUUAGAGGUCAGGGAGAAAAUGGAGAUGGGAAUAAAUAUUUGUCAGCUAUUUGCAUAGACAUGAUAAGGCAAUUGGAAUGGAUGAAAUUUCUAAGGCAGAGAAUUCAGAAAGAAAACAAGAGGGCCACGGAUGUAGCUUUAAAGAACAGCCUCCCUUAAGAGUAAUACAUAAGAAUCAGGUCAUAGGAUUAUAGGAUUUAUGGUGAGAGAGAACAAUAAAAAUUGUUUAGUCCAACCAUUCAUUUUACGGAUAGGGAAACUGAGGUCAAAUUAGUAAAUGAAAACAAACAAGAUCUUUCAUAAGUAAGAGGUGAUCUAGGAGAUUGUAGUAAUUCAACAGAGGAAAAACUUUCAAGUAGGAGCUAGCUAUGGCCAACAGUAUCACAUAUUGUAGAAAGGUAAAUGAAUAUAAUCAGAACAGUCAAUUAUCUUUGGCAAGUAAGAGGUCAUGAUGACAGUAGUGAAAGUCUCAUUAGAGUGGUAGAGUUAGAAUCAGAUUGCUAGAGCAAGAGUUGUCAAGGCAAAAGGCAAAUAUUCUUUCUGUAACAAUGCCAUGGGAAGGAAGAGAAAACUGAAGGGAGAAUUGAGGUCAAGGCCAUUAAAAAUUUUUUUUAGGAUAAGAUAAAUAUGAAUGUUUGUAGAAAACAGUAAGAAACAAUUGAGGAAGAGUUGGGAGAGAGAUAGAUAGAGAAUGAUCUUCUCCAUGUUUGCUAGCAAUCUUUUAAUUGUUAAAUCAUGUGACCUUUUCUAAGUUUUCAUUCUUCUUCUUGACUACUCUGCAGCUUUUGACAUGAUGGACCACACCCUCCCCCAACAUAUUCUUUUUCUUUCUGUGGUUUUCCUUCAAGGUUCUUUAAUGAUAUCUCUCUCUCUCUCUCUCUCUCUCUCUCUCUCUCUCUCUCUCUCUCUCUCUCUCUCUCUCUCUCUCUCUUUUCUGACUACUAUUCCCCAGGGUUUUAGGGGGUAAUCCUAAAGGUUAUUGUAUUAUCUAAUGUCAUUAUUCAUAAAUCCCUAUGGUAUAACUCAUUAUUAAUCAAGCAGUUGAGAUCAAUUAGCUUUUACAAAAGGUUUUUACUGGGAACAUGCAAAGUAAGAACAUGAUCUCAUCAACUCCAAACCUAUAUCUCUUUUCUGUAUCUUGUAUCUUGUAAUGCCAACUGCCUGAUAAACAUUCCCACCUGCAAAUACUGUGGGUCAAAAACUCAGCCUGUCUAAAACUAAAGUUAUUUCUCCUCCUUGAACUUUGCCUUUCUCUAAGUUUCCUUAUUUUGGGGGAUGGUACUACCAUCCUUCCAAAUGUUCCUGUUUUCAAUUAUAGUUGUUGUUCAGUCAUUUUUCAGUUGUGUCCAACUCUAUGAUUCCAUUUGGGGUUUUCUUGGCAAAGAUACUGGAGUAGUUUGCCAUUUCCUCCUCUAGCCCAUUCUAUAGAUGAGGAAACUGAGGUAAACAGAAUAACUGACUUGCCCAGGGUCACAUAGCUAUUAAGUGUCUGUGGCCAGAUUUGAACUCAGGAAGAUAAGCCUUCCUGGCUCCUGGCCCUGCACUUUUCACUUUAUCUACUGUCCCACCUAAGUGCCCUUUAACUAUAGUCAUCUUCAAUUAUUCACUUUACCUUUUCCUUAGAAAUCACUAGCCCUUUAAUCAGUUACCAGAUUUUGUAUUUCUACUUCCACGAUAUCUUCUCCACUUGGGGAGCCAUCCUCUUGCCUUCAUCAUCUCUUACCCCAAGUUUAUCAAUACAUUCUAAGUAGACUUCAAUAUGUUUUUGUCUCUCCUGUCUCCUUAAAGGUGUCAGAACUCACUAGACCUUGCCAAUACUCAAAUACUGACUCCAGAGUAAAUUUCUAACUCUAGAGUUCAUCUUUCUUCUUUUUCCUUAUUUUUAUUGAAAAUGGAAAUAUCCUCCCAGUCUCUCAUGUUGACUUCUUUAAAGCCAUAGUCAAGUCCUCUCUGUUACCCUACAUAUCCAGACAGUUAGUAAAUUUUGUUGUUCUACCUCUACAACAUUUCCCACAUUUAUCCAGUCACUGAGUCACCACCAUAAUUUAGACCAGUGAUAUGCUGGUAAAUGUUGAAAAACAACUACAUAUAAAAUAUACUUUCAACUUUAUUCUUUAUUAACAUUUUUCCAUCACUUUUGUUAAAUUAGAUUUUAAUUGGUUGGACAUAAAUAUAUUUAAUUGGUUAUUGCCAGGGAUUUAAUUUCUAAAUCCCAAAAUGAAUUAUUCAAGUAAAUUGAAUUUAUGAUAAUUUAUUUACAAUAGAGGGAAGAUAUUAAGGAAGAGAGAAAAGGGGAAAGAGAGAGACAGAUCUGUCUUCCUCUGAGCCAGGUAAGAAAUUCUAAGCGCCAGCCAGGAGAAAGGAGUCUCAAGAGGAUGGGCCUUUCUUGGAGGUUCACACAUCCAGAAAGGGCAAAGAAACUAAGUCAACCUUUCACUCACCACAGUGACCAUCUAAAAGGAAAUCAAUCUGAGGUCUCCUGCACAAGCUCCUCCAGGGGUCCAGUUCCACAGCCAAGUGUCUUCACUCCAAGUCUGAGUGUCUGUCUUCCAGUCUCUCCUCCACUGUCUGUCUUCCAGUCUUGUAUGUUUCUGUUUCCUCAAUUUAAAGACCUUUUUCUCUUGUGUCACCUCCCCUAAAUUUUAUGUCUACCAAUCACAGCAGAUGCUCCUCUCCAGGACUGCUCAAUGUAUGAAAUGGGUGUUCACACCUUUUGUAGUUAAUUAUACCUUUUGUGGUUAGUUAACACCUUUUUUUGGUUAGUUAACACCUUUUUGUGGUUAAAAUGGGUAGAUUUACUUUAAAUACUGAGUUAACACUUUGGAGAUUAAAAUAUAAAAAUAGAUAGGGGAUUACAAUUUAAUCUUCCCAUUAAAGGAAGAGCACCAAACUUCACACUUUCUUAAGUCUAGUGAGUCAACAAAACAAUAAAUCAAGCACUGAUUUAUAGUAUUUGCCAAUUUCCAAAAAGUAAAUGUUUACACCAAAAAAUUUUAAAUAGACUUGGGAGCUAAUAU